AGGAUUUAGAAAGAUCACUAUAUCUUUUUAAUCAAUAUUCUGAAUUCUCCCUGGUUAAGGAGGAGGGUCUCCAUCAAUGGCGGCGGCAAUGUACGGCGUCAGGAGCUUUUUCUUCUCGGCGGUGAUUGUGAUAUUGUUCGCCAGCCGUUUUGGAGACGCCACCGCAGCUGACAGAGGAUACAUUAAGUACAAAGAUCCAAAAGUAGCGGUGGAAGAAAGAGUAGAAGACUUGUUGAUACGGAUGACGUUACCGGAGAAACUUGGUCAAAUGUGUCAAAUUGAUCGAUUCAACUUUUCAAUAAGUACUCGUCCGACAGAUAUCUUCACAAAGUAUAUGAUCGGAAGUGUUUUGAGCAAUCCGUUUGAUACCGGGAAAAACAUAUCACAGCGGAUAUUGGACAUUAACGUGAUGAAGAAAUUGAGUCUUACGACGAGGCUCGGAAUCCCUCUACUUUACGCUAUUGACGCGGUUCAUGGCCACAAUACUUUUAUUAAUGCAACCAUUUUCCCCCACAACGUCGGCCUUGGUGCCACUAGGGAUCCUCAACUUGUUAAAAGGAUUGGAGCUAUAACCGCGCAGGAAGUAAGGGCAACAGGAGUCGCUCAAGCUUUUGCACCUUGUGUUGCGGUUUGCAGAGAUCCUAGAUGGGGAAGGUGUUACGAGAGCUAUAGUGAAGACCCUGCAGUUGUGAAUAUGAUGACCGAGAGUAUCAUCGAUGGAUUACAAGGAAAUGCUCCUUACAUCGCUGAUCCCAAGAUUAAUGUGGCUGGUUGCGCCAAACAUUUUGUUGGGGACGGAGGGACAAUAAAUGGAAUCAAUGAGAACAACACUGUUGCUGAUAACGCUACUCUCUUUGGUAUCCAUAUGCCUCCGUUUGAGAUAGCAGUGAAGAAAGGGAUCGCAUCAAUCAUGGCUUCUUACUCUAGUCUUAACGGUGUUAAGAUGCAUGCAAACCGUGCAAUGAUCACUGAUUACCUCAAGAACACUCUCAAAUUCCAAGGCUUUGUUAUCUCUGAUUGGUUUGGAAUUGAUAGGAUCACACCGAUACCAAAAUCAAACUACACUUACUCCAUUGAAGCUUCUAUUAAUGCCGGCAUUGACAUGGUUAUGGUUCCAUGGGCUUAUCCAGAGUACUUGGAGAAAUUGACAAAACUAGUGAACGGAGGAUACAUCCCUAUGAGCCGCAUCGACGAUGCUGUUCGAAGGAUCUUGAGAGUCAAAUUCUCUAUCGGUCUCUUUGAGAACUCAUUGGCAGAUGAAAAACUUGCCACUCCUGAGUUUGGAUCUGAGGCUCAUCGAGAAGUAGCGAGAGAGGCGGUGAGGAAAUCAAUGGUGCUUCUAAAGAACGGGAAGACAGACGCGGAUAAAAUUGUGCCGCUCCCGAAGAAGGUGAAAAAGAUCGUUGUCGCGGGGCGACACGCUAACGACAUGGGAUGGCAAUGCGGUGGCUUUACUCUCUCGUGGCAAGGAUUCAACGGAACCGGAGAAGAUAUCCCCGCUAACAAGAAAUUGGGAAUCCCUACCGGUAAAACAAGAGGAACAACAAUAUUGGAAGCCAUCCAGAAAGCAGUAGAUCCCACUACUGAGGUUGUCUACGUGGAAGAACCAAACCAAGAUACAGCGAAGCUUCACGCCGACGCAGCAUACACAAUUGUGGUCGUCGGAGAAACCCCUUACGCAGAGACACGUGGGGACAGCCCCACUCUAGGUAUCGCCGACCCAGGUCCAAAUACGCUCAGAUGGACUUGCGGUAGUGGGAUGAAGUGUCUAGUGAUCCUAGUCACUGGACGUCCGCUCGUGAUGGAGGCUUACCUUGAUAUGAUCGAUGCUCUUGCAGUCGCAUGGCUUCCUGGAACCGAAGGACAAGGAGUCGCUGAUGUCUUGUUUGGUGAUCAUCCCUUCACCGGCACGUUGCCUCGCACGUGGAUGAAGCAUGUUGUUCAGCUUCCGAUGAACGUUGGCGACGAGUACUACGACCCUCUCUACCCCUUCGGAUACGGAAUCAAAACCUAAAUCAAUAACGAUAACCAUGUAAUUAUGUGAACAAUAUAACUGUAACACUUUC